CUACCAAAUGGGACAGAUACGAAAUCUUAGAACAGACGACUUCAAACCCAAUUGUUUAUUGAUACAAGAUGCUUCUCUUUUCAUGGUCGAUCAGAGAUGAAAUUUGAUUAUUCUCUUAAGGGUGUGGCUUUCCUCUUGAAAUUCCCUGCAGUGCCUUAAUUUGUUGACCAGAGUUCCCUAAAGUACCCUUAUCUAACCAAGGGAGGUGUCUUGUCUACAUAUAUAGAAGCAGGAGCUAGCACAAGGAAAAGUCAAACCUGUUCUGCACGAUGAAGAAGAAGCAAGUUGAGAUGGAGGACGUUCCACACUGUGAGCUAAAAUCUUACUCUAAGAACUCUGACACUAAAGUAUCCAACAUGGUGUUGGGUCCUGAACAGAAAAUGUCAGAUGAUGAUACUUCUGGAGACCAUGGCGACUCUGCCAGUCUUGGCGCCAUCAAUCCUGCCUACAGUAACGCCUCCCUUCCUCUGUCCAGCGCGCAAUCAGAGGAACCCUUCAGCACCUACUUUGAUGAGAAAAUCGCCAUUCCUGAGGAGGAGUACUCUUGUUUUAGCUUUCGCAAACUCUGGGCUUUCACGGGACCAGGCUUUCUUAUGAGCAUUGCCUACCUGGAUCCAGGAAACAUUGAAUCUGAUUUGCAGUCUGGAGCUGUGGCGGGAUUUAAGUUGCUCUGGGUACUUCUGAUGGCUACUAUUGUGGGCCUCCUGCUCCAACGCCUUGCAGCUAGACUGGGAGUGGUCACCGGGCUGCAUCUUGCUGAAGUGUGUAACCGUCAGUACCCCAAGGUCCCACGAAUUAUCCUGUGGCUGAUGGUGGAACUGGCUAUCAUUGGCUCAGACAUGCAAGAAGUCAUUGGCUCAGCCAUUGCCAUUAAUCUCCUGUCUGUGGGAAGAAUUCCUCUGUGGGGUGGAGUUCUCAUCACCAUUGCAGAUACCUUUGUGUUUCUGUUUUUAGACAAAUAUGGCUUGCGGAAGCUGGAAGCAUUUUUUGGCUUUCUCAUCACUAUUAUGGCCCUCACAUUUGGAUAUGAGUAUGUUACAGUGAGACCCAACCAGAGGGAGGUGCUCAGGGGCUUGUUUGUGCCAUCUUGUUCAGGCUGUGGCACCCAGCAGAUUGAGCAAGCUGUGGGCAUCGUGGGAGCUGUCAUUAUGCCACACAACAUGUACCUGCAUUCUGCCCUAGUCAAGUCCAGACAGGUAAACCGAGCCAAUAAGAAAGAAGUCCAAGAAGCCAACAAGUACUUUUUCAUUGAAUCCUGCAUUGCUCUCUUUGUUUCCUUCAUCAUCAAUGUUUUUGUUGUCUCGGUUUUUGCUGAAGCAUUUUUUGGGAAAACAAAUGAGCAAGUGGUUGAAGUCUGCACAAAUAGCAGCAGUCCCCAUGCUGGCCUUUUUCCUAAUGACAACUCGACAUUAGCUGUGGACAUCUAUAAAGGGGGUGUCGUACUGGGAUGUUACUUCGGACCUGCCGCACUCUACAUCUGGGCAGUGGGGAUCCUGGCUGCAGGACAGAGCUCUACCAUGACAGGAACCUAUUCUGGCCAAUUCGUCAUGGAGGGAUUCCUGAACCUGAAAUGGUCACGCUUUGCCCGAGUGAUUCUGACCCGCUCUAUUGCCAUCAUCCCUACUCUGCUUGUUGCCGUCUUCCAAGAUGUAGAGCAUCUAACGGGGAUGAAUGACUUCCUGAAUGUUCUGCAGAGCUUACAGCUUCCUUUUGCUCUCAUACCCAUCCUCACAUUCACAAGUUUGCGUCCAGUAAUGAGUGACUUUGCCAAUGGAUUGGGCUGGAGGAUCGCAGGUGGCAUCUUGGUCCUUAUCGUCUGUUCUAUCAACAUGUACUUUGUGGUGGUUUAUGUCCAGGAUCUAGGGCAUUUGGCAUUGUACGUGGUGGCUGCUGUGGUCAGCGUGGCUUAUCUGAGUUUUGUGAUUUACUUGGGUUGGCAAUGUUUGGUUGCACUGGGCAUGUCCUUCCUGGAUUGUGGGCACAUGUACCACCUGGGGCUGACGGCUCAGCCUGAACUCUACCUUCUCAACACCGUGGAUACUGACUCCCUGGUCUGUAGAUGACAACAGCCUGCGAGAAGAAUGAGACCCACUCUCCCUCAGUACUGCUCUGCCCAAGGUCCUCUUAACACAUCUCUGUCAGUUCAGAGGUGAGUUCCGUUCAAGCCUUUGGAACAAAGGGCAAGGAUGUCCUCGGAAAGCAUAGUGAAAGCUGACAGCCCAAAGUGUAGGUCAAAGACCCGCUCCCCUGCAACACUGCUACAACAGCCAGAGCUCAACCACUGGCCUGUGAAGGCUAUACCCCCCAGAGGGUUGUACCUGCUUCUGGAACUUAAAACUGUCUAUGUGUGUGUAUUUAUGUAAACCUGAACAUAGAAGUUUGGGUAGAGUUUUAGGGUAAUAGAAAGUUAUAUAUCUUUUUUAUAUUUUAAAUAUAUUGUACAGAUAAGUCAGAUACUUGUGAGAAAAGAAACAGAAUGGGCUGGUCAAACUGACUAUUACCUUGUACAGUGGUGCUUAAUUAUGCCAGUUAAAUUUCACUUAAUCAACCACACCCCGCCACCCAGCACCUCAUUUCUGAAGAAACCAUUUCUUUCAUUUAGCAAUCAUGUUUAAUGUUGUUAUCAUUGUGGCUUGUAAUUAUCAUUCUCUGUUUUUUUGAGAUACGUUGGUUUAGAAAGAACUUAAUACUUAGUAAGAAGAUCAGAACAUUACUUUAACCAGUGGUCUGUCUCCUAGGUUGUACUGUAUCUCAACCCUUUGUAGACUUGACUUUGUCAGUCCCAGAAGAAGAUCAUGGAAGUAUUUGUUUUUCUUGAAUGUUCCUGCAUUGCCACCUGGUGGCAAUGCAGGAACAUUUCCCAUUUUCCCUUUUUCCCAUUGAUACUCCAGACAUCAUUUCUGGUGUAAAAUUUGCCUGCAGCAGUAGCUAACAUUUCUAAUGUGGAAUUUUUAGGGAAUCUGAAGCAUUUCAUUUUAAGAAUUUUUCUUUUUUUUACCAAGUAAUGUGAGAUUAGAACUAGACUGUGAUGGUCCAGGAAUUGGCGCAGUGGAUAAAGCAUUGAAUUCUCAACCAUGAGGUCUUGAGUUCAAUCCCUGGCAACACACGUACCAGAGUGAUGUCUUGUUCUUUCUCUCUCUCUCUGCCUAUCUUUCUCAUGAAUAAAUAAAUAAAUAAAUUCUUAAAAAAUAGAACUAGACUGUGACUUGUAAAAUCAGUUUGCAUACUUAUGAACAGCCUGCCUAUCUGCAGGUUAUACAUAUUUUUGACCCCUUUUCCUAAAUAUUUGUUUCCAUAAAACUCAUGAUUUUUUCUUAUUAUUUGUUUCCAUAAAACUCAUUAUUUUUUCUUAUUAUUUGUUUCCAUAAAAAUUAUUAUUUUUUUCAAAAGCCUAUUGAGAAUUCAAAGAUGUAGCAAUAUUAACUGAUCGAAAAAUCAGAAGGUUUUCAACAGUGAGCUUGCAUUCUUGCAUGAAAUGCGGAAUUUAAUGGCAGCUUAAUAGACCCAGGGGCACAGACUCCUCCACUCCUCAUUUUCUCCCAGACCCAAGGACAAAUGCUGCCGCCUUAUAUAUUCUUCUUUCAGUAUGAAAAUUAAAUAUUUGACCUCUCUGCCUUAACUUUAAACUUACUGUCUUUCAACAAGAAAUGAUUAAUUUUAAAUUCAGACAGAUAUUGUCUAUCUUCAUGUGUAAUGACUUGACCCUCCAGUGAGAGGGUUUGUUUGUUUGUUUAUUUUUCUAAAUGUUAUUUUAACAUUUCUUUUUUAAUAUUUAUUUAUUUAUUCGCUUUUGUUGCCCUUGUUUUAUUGUUGUAGUUAUUGUUGUUGUUAUUGAUGUCAUUGUUGUUGGAUAGGACAGAGAGAAAUGGAGAGAAGAGAGAAGACAGAGAGGGGGAGAGAAAGAUAGACACCUGCAGACCUGCUUCACCGCCUGUGAAGCGACUCCCCUGCAGGUGGGGAGCCAGGGAUUCGAACCGGGAUCCUUAGGCCAGUCCUUGCGCUUUGCACCAUGUGCGCUUAAUCUGCUGCGCUACCGCCCAACUCCCUAUUUUAACAUUUCUUAACUUAUACUCUAGGGACCCUUAAAGUUUCUGUUUAAUUCUUCAGUAUUUUUUAAAAUAUGUUUUUAGUUUAUUGAUUUUGGCUAGAGACAGAGAGAAAUUGAGAGGGAAGGGAUAGAUAGAUAAAGAGAGACACCUACAGACUGGCUUCACUGCUUGUGAAGCUUUCCCCCUGCAAUUGGGGACCGGGGGCUUAAACCUGGGUCCUUGUGAACUAUAAUGUGUGCAUUCAACCAGGUACACCACCACCUGGCCCCUUCAGUAUUUUUAUUAUCUAAGAAUAUUUUAGGAAAGAGAAAUAGGCGAAAAAUAAUUACUUUUCCACAACUUACAUAAAAGUGAGGUGGUGAAGUACUUGGGAGAUUUCUAUAGUUAAACUAAACUAAAGCUAUAAACUAAAGCUUAAACGUAAGCUAUAAACUAAAGCUUACGAGUAUAUUCCUUAGCUCAUACAACUCCGAUAGUCAGAAAAUUUGGAAAUAAAGCAAACUGAAUCAUGCUAAAACCAGUAGAUGUGAUUGAUGUUUAGCAAGAAACUAAUGUUUUUCUGAGUAAGUUUUAGUGACUUAACUUACUCUCUAAUUUAGAGUUUAAAGAUCUUUAUAUCAGUAUUAUGCACAUCAAUAGAUAUUAACAUACUUGAUCUUAAGACUUUUGUGCUUACAUUAAAUGGUUGUUGGUUAAGACUAUGCAGUCAACACUUUAAAGAUGUUCCAGCAGCAUAUACCCAGAAUGUCAGAAAAAUGCAGUUGAAUAAUUGUUACUGAGAAACUGCUGCUACAUAAUUGGGUGCCAACAUAUUAUGAAAGGCAGAUACUUUCUAGGCACAACAUGUUUUAAUAGUUUAUAAAUAUCAUUAUCAAGUGAGGAAUCUGAGCUCACACAUCACAGUGCACAAAGACCCGGCUCAAACCCCUGGUCCUCUCCUGCAUGGAGAAAGCUUCAUGAGCAGGGAAGCAGGGCUGCGGAUGUCUGUCCCUCUCCUUCUCCAUCUCCCCCUCCUCUCUCAAGUUCUGUCUCCAAUUAAAAAAAAUUGUUCAAGUGAGGAACCGAGGGUUAUAGCUGUCAAUGAGAAUAGGCAUUUCAAUUUUAAAUAUUAUCUUAAGCCACCGAAAUCUUUAUUCCAGAAAUACUUUGCAAAUUCAAGUGCUAUGUAUUAUCUGUUUAUAGGGUCUUCCUGCAAUGACCCUCCCUCUUUACCCAAGUUAAUGUGGGCAAGUGAAUAUCUUCAUACUUCCUAACUUUCUCCAAAUGUGAGUUUAUAUUUUUAUUUAAAUAUAAAUUGUGAGUUUUCAUAAAUGCCUUAUCAUAAUAGGUAAUGUUUUGUUUUGUUUUCUUCAAGCAACAGAUAUGUUUACCUCAGUUCUUUGAGAGUACAAUUCAAUAAUUCUGGAACCCACUGCAUAUUAUGGGAAAAUAUAGCUUAUAAUUAAAUACUGCAGUAAAUCUAUUUUCUAAUGCUGUGUGUAUGUUGAAAGAAUGGACUGAUUUUGGUGACCUAAUUAAAAAUAUUUUUUCUCAACAAUGACAUCAAUAACAACAACAAUGACUACAACAAUAAAAAAGCAAGGGCAACAAAAGGGAAUAAAUAAAUAUAAAAAAAGUUUUUUUUCAUUGCAUAGUAAACAUGAAGCAUGACUUUUCUGUGCCGGAUAUUUUCACUCUGUUUCGCUGUCCUUAAUGGAACAUAUUUGGUCCAUAUUCUAGUGGAAUAAAACAUUUGGAUUCAU